AUGCCUCCAAAGCCGGCACGCACAAUCAAGCACAGUCUCUCCAAGACGGUACCGGCUCUGCGUCAGGCAUCCGAUAUCGGCCGCCCCUUUAAGAGUGGAUGGCUGGGAUGGACAGUCGAGAAUGUCGGUUUGUCGCCCGUUGAGAGCCAGAUGAUCGCAUACCCUAACGGGGUCUGGUAUCCCGCCUUUGCUGGAUGCCCGGGCGUCGGCGCCGUUGAUACUGUCAACCAAUCUUUUACGACUCCGUAA